CCAUGAAGUACAAAUCGUGUGAAGCGAAGUUUCAAACAUUUUUUUUAAUACACAAAGGGGGGCGAAAAAUGUGACAUCCAGUGUCGCUCCACCGGCUCAUGCUACGUAAGCACGACGUUGCAAUAGUUCCCUUCUUCCAUUCAUAAAUAUAAAAAUGGAUGGUGGAGAGGAUGAGGGGGCGACGGAGGAAAACAUACCCGUCGUGAUUUUGGACCCGGGGUCUUGGACCAUCAAAAUGGGAGUCGUUACGGAGGAAAUGCCAACUCUGCAAAUCCCUUGUUUAUAUGUAGAGAGAGUUUUUUCCAAUUCGAGGGAGGUGAAAUUCGGACUCGAGGCAGUCGAAGAAUACACUCGAGCUAAAUAUCAAGCAGCCAAACUGGAAGGCGAGGAAGGCGACGAACUGCUAAAUGUGAAGAUGACGUUUUCUGACCCUCGGCAUCCCUUGAGCUCGAACGACUUCACAGAUUUGUUCCAAGUGUACAACUUCCUGGUGAAGAGACUAAAUAUAAGAACAGACGACUACAACUUGCUCGUCGCCAUUCCAGAAAAAGUGGAAAAGUUGUUCAUAACUAACAUGCUCAACUGGGCAUUCAAGACUCACCAAUUCGCAUCGAUAUCCUUUAUUUACAACUCUCUCGCGGCGUCCUACUACUACGGACUGAAAACAGCCCUCGUUGUAGACUUAGGCGAAAGAGGAAGCAGAGUAUCCCCCGUCGCGGAAAAUCACGGGGUUUUCCUUGACAGCGCGAAGAGCUGCGAAAUAGGAGGACACCUAAUAACUAAAUACAUUUCCAAUUUUGUUAAAGUAAAGGAUAACCAUGUUGACUACACUCUUGUGCAAAAUUAUAAAGAGUUAAAAAGUUACAUAAGUCUAGACAUUGACCGGAGCAUAAAAAUGAACAGCGAUUGUAAUGGCUUGUUGAAGCCUUAUAGAAUUCCAUACAGUAAUAUUUACAUAGACCCCAAGGCUGAAAUAUUAAGCCAUGAAAUUUAUUUUCAGCCUGACUUUUUAGCGCACUUACCUGGAUAUUACUACAAGCAAAACGUAGUGCCAUUAAGUCAGCUAAUUUUCGAGUGUGUAUGUUCCUGUCCAAUGGAUUUGCGAAAACAAUUGCUGAACAACAUUGUUUUGAUUGGCGGUGUAUCAGAUUGUGUCAACAUGCGCGAACGGUUACAUAAAGAGUUGGUCAAUAUCUUGCGGCUUAAAAAUUACAGUGAAAAUACAAAAGUGCACAUAAAAAAUGAAUGCAUGUCUAACAUAGCCGCUUACCUAGGCUGCAGAAAGUACGGGAAAGCCAUUUACCACAAUAAAAAUAAAUGGGUUACACGGGAGGAUUACUUCGCGACGGCUAACGCGAAGGUGGUACAUAGGCUUUUGAUGUGGGCUAACGUUUUG